CUGUUUAUCACAGAGCACAGGCAGCCAGUAUGCAAAAGAGGACAUUAGCCUCUCACAACACACACAAACAUUUCGUUUUCAUAAACUUUGCUUCCCUGAAAUAUUGGCACGCAUUCACCUCCUAACACGCAAGCAAACACUUAAAUAGAGACACCUACAUUUUAAUUUUUUUUAUCUCAGAUGCAGAAUUUUUCCCAAGAUCACCGACACUGAGAAAACCUACCAUCGUAGAGUGCAGACACUUCCUUCAAUGCCUUACUUUGAUGUAUAGGAGCACUCGGCAGCCACUUGUUCCUUGACCAAAAGUUUAAGAUGACUUCUACAGUCGGCAACAGCACAUUGUCCACAGCUGUAAAUUCCACGAUGACCAUGACCUCUGCACCCCUAACCUCAAAGGCAACGACUGAUAUGAAAGAUUCUGAGUACCACAUAGUCCUCCUGGUCAUCUACUCUGUGGUUCUGCUCUGCGGCACCAUUAGUCUGAGUCUGAUGAUGCACAUCAUGAAAUCCACCUCAAUUUCCACCACCUCCAUCGCUGUACUCAACCUCAUCUUUGCCCACUUCAUCUUCCUCCUCACCGUGCCCUUUCGAAUUUACUAUUAUGCAGCUAAUCACUGGAGCCUGAGCUGGGGGUGGUGCAAAAUGGUCAGUAGCAUGAUCCACAUCCACAUGUACAUGUCUUUUGUUUUCUAUGUGAUCAUCCUCAUCACCCGGCUGCUGACCUUCUACAACAAAGCUAACCGGAUGGUGCACUUCCAGAGAAUUCAUGCUUUCCUUUUAAGCGCUUUUGUGUGGAUCGCUGUGCUUUUCGUGGUCCCUUGUGUCAUCCAUUUUUCCUACGGCCAACAACCAAAGGGAAAGGACAAGAGCAACAACACUGAUGGACACUGCUUCCAAUUUGGAACGAGCAUAGAGACUGCUAUUGUGUCUAACUACAUCGCAAGCACAUUGAUCAUAGUGGUAGCGACCACGUUGACAGCCCUCCAAGCCAAAGUCCUUUGGGUUUUAUACAAGAAGCAUCGCCAGGGGUGCACCUCUCAGCAGGACUUUGGGGCUCAGCUGAAGAGCAUGUGCUUCGCCCUGAUCAUGGUGGUGUGCUUCAUUCCCUACCACCUUUUCCGGUUGUAUUACUUGAAGAACAUUCACUUGCAGAAUGUUAAUGAGGUGUUUCUGAGUUUAACCACUUUUAAUUGUUUGGACAUGCUCACCUUCAUGGGGAGGAGAACUUGCAACAUAUGCUUUGUACGAAGGAUUUUCUGAAAACUGUUGGUAUGAUGAAAGUGUGUGACCGGGGGUUUCAAGGGACUUCAUUGACAUUUUUUUUUUUUUUUUUUUUUUUGUAGUUUUAGCUUCACUUGACUGGUCUUUAUUUUUGUUGGAGUUCCAUAAAUGCAGAUAUUUGAUAUCAGAACAACGUCCAAAAAUAGCAUCAGAAUAAUCAUUUAAACAGAUAAGAUGGCAUAAAAGAACAAAUAAAUAAAUAAAUAAAUAAAAUAAACAGAAUGUAAAGAGCAGAAAGAUGACUAAAAAUCUUUAAGCGGUACAUAUAGUGCAAUUAGAAUACAUACCAUUUUCAGUUCUAUGAAUCUAUCAGCGUUUGUUUGAGAGUUUCUUUGAAAUAUGAACCUUCAUUCAUGAGUUUGUGAGCAUCAGUUGGACAAAAUAAUCAUUUUGGGAUGUUGUCAGUUUUCUUUUAUUUGUAUAGCUUGUUUUGUUGACAUUUUCAAACACACAUAGAAAGACCACAGCUGUAAUCUAAAACAUCGCUAGUUCUGCUUCAUUGGUUCUACCACUGUUGUGUCAUGUGGACUUAUUCCUUUUAAAUUAUACAAUGCUUAAGCUGUGCUUCUUUGUUUUAAUUAUAAUAAAUGCCAUUAUUUGAUAUUUUGUGUCUUACUUGAUACUUGAGUUGUCCAUAGACAGUCAGGAAAUUUGGGGAGAGAUAUUAUGUGACGUGGAACAGCCAAAGUCAAACAGCAGAUGUUAAAUACCUGUCAAACUGUUCUUUUAUUGAUCAAAAUGCUGAAAGAAUUUGGCACGAGUGAAAACUGCCAUCAGCUUUUGACUCAAAAUGAGUGAACUCUUGCCACCUGCUGGUCUAUGUUUAUACUACAUGCGGCUCAAGCUUGUGAUUUAUGUAAUGUACUCAAAGACUAUGGUUUUAUUUUUCAUCGCUUAACUUAAUCUGAAAGGCAUGAAAGGAGUGGAGAUGACAACUAAAUUAAUUUCACUGUAUUUACUAACACUUAACCCCUGUGUACAUAGCUCAAGUGUUCGGCUUCAUAGCCGAGAAGAGAAAUAAAUAUCUAAAAUCA